GGGAGCGAGAGCACCGGACGCGAGCCUCUGCGAUCGCCAAGUUUCCCUUGUUAGGACUGCAACGGGACCCACACGGCGAGGUGAUACGUACUCCUCUGCUCGCAUGUUCCUUCAGUUCUCCUGAUACGAUCGGAGAACGGCGAAAUUGGAUUGGGGAUGCGUUCGCAGGCAGGUGGGGACAGCCCUGACAGCCACACACACAGAGCUUCCAACCUGUCUGCCACUGUUCAACCCCCGCCACUUGAUGGCGCGCUUUUCUACUCUCGUUCAGAACCGUUCAUCGCACUAGUUCCUUUAAUCUCGACCGUCCUUCUGAUUUGUCUGCUCCAAUAGGAAGAGCGAGAUGUUCGUAUGCAUCCCUCCGCACAUUUUCUCGUCCUCGGAAUUGGGCAACAAAAAGCCAGCAGCUAUUUAGAAGAGACCCCUCCCCCCUCCCUCUGUUCACCUCACCACCACCGAGAGCUGAGGCGUUUCUUUGUAGGCUCUUCUCCUACGAUGUGUAUUACAAGCUCCCGCUUCUUGCUCGUCACCCUUGUAGCCUUGGCGAUUGCCUUGCCGCUAGGCGUCGCGGCAUGGCGCCCGUGGCCGCACCACUUACUUGGCAACGCCACAGCCAACACCAUGAGCGUCGGUGGCGGUGGGAGCGGAACCACCGCCGCCGCCGCCGCUGCGGGGAUCGGGGCGUCGAAGAAGUACGAGGGGUCGUCGGAAUUCGUGAAGCUGCGUUACCACAUGGGCCCCGUGCUCGCCGCCAACAUCACCGUCCACCCCAUCUGGUACGGAGCGUGGGCGCCCGCCCAGAAGCACAUCCUCCGCGCCUUCCUUCGCUCCAUAUCCGCCCCUUCCGCCCCCCACCCCUCCGUCGCUGCCUGGUGGCGCACCGUCCGGUUGUACACCGACCAGACCGGUGCCAACGUCUCCGCCACAGUGUUCCUCGGUGCCGAGCGGUCCGAUCGCCGCUACUCCCACGGCCGCGCCCUCUCCCGCCUCGCUAUCCAGUCCGUCAUCCGCGACGCCGUGAACUCCCCCCGCCGUCCCCUCCCCGUCAACCCCCGGGGUGGCCUCUACCUCGUCCUCACCUCCUCGGACGUCGCCGUCCAAGACUUCUGCGUCCAGGUUUGCGGUUUCCACUACUUCACCUUCCCGGCCAUCGUUGGCUACACCCUCCCCUACGCCUGGAUCGGCAACUCCGCCACCCAGUGCCCCGGGAUCUGUGCCUACCCUUUCGCCGUGCCGCCAUUCGCCCUCGGGCCGCGGACGGCAGACCGCCCGCCCAACGGCGACGUCGGGGUCGACGGCAUGGUCAGCGUGGUGGCCCACGAGCUAGCGGAGAUGGCGUCCAACCCCCUGAUCAACGCGUGGUACGCCGGGGAGGACCCCUGCUUCCCCACCGAGAUCGCUGACCUCUGCGAGGGCAUCUACGGCACCGGCGGGGGCGGGGCCUACACGGGUCAGAUGCUGCUCGACGGCCACAGCGGCGCCACCUACAACAUGAACGGGCUGGGCGGCCGCAAGUUUUUGGUGCAGUGGAUUUGGAAUCCCUACUUGAGCUACUGUAGCGGACCCAACGCACUCGAUCACUAGCCGUCUUAUUCCACUCUUCAUUAAUAUUUAGCAGCAGCAGUAGCCAGCCAUCACGCACUAAAAGAAGAGAGAACAGAAAACCAGCAAAAGAAGAUCUCUUGUUUCUUGUUUGUGUGCAUGAUGUCUGAGGCUGGUUCAAGGCCCUCUACUUAUCUAUCUAGCUAAAUAAGAAGAGAGGGUAGGGCUGAAGAGGAAGAAGAAGUAAGCUAGUAGUUCUUGUGAAGUGUGUGUACAGAGAGAGAGAGAGAGAGAGAGAGAGAGAGAGAGGUGGGAGCGCGGCAGGCCCACGCUCUUGAUGUUGCUGUUGGUGAUUAUAAUGUCUUGGGGUUUAGUGAUUGCUUCUGUGCUUUUC